CGGAUCAUUACGUGACUUACACUCUGGAAAAAAAAAAAAAGGCAAGCUGUUUGAUUCAUGGAUAAAAAUCCCAGCAGCACAGCCCCUCAAACAAUAGCUGGCAUUUAAAGGUAAUAUACAGACAAACAAUUAUAAAGGGAGCUCUUCCUAAAGCAGUGUUUGCAGAAACAUCUCUGCUUAUUGCACACGCAGACAGAGACAGAGAGGUGCAAGACAUAUAUAUUUAUAUAUAUAGAUCUCCAUAUAUAUGUGUGGUAUACAUGCAAGAAAGGAGGGCUGGUCAACUUGGAUAGCAGCACAAGAAGGAAGAAAGCAGCUAGUGGAACGCCUCAGGAGAAGUAUCUCAGAGAAGAUUUCUUUGUCAGCAACUCAGCAUCUCAGCCAAAGACUCAGAAAGAGUCUGCACCAGGCUCUCUGCCUCACUAGCUCUCUGCAUUUUUAACAUUUUAUUUUCCUUUAGCAGUUUCUACAUCAUUAUCAUUUAUUCUUUUUUUUUUUUUUUUGUCCACAUACUUGUAGCCUGCUAGGGAAGUUACCCAUCAUCACACCUCUGUUGUGCUAGUCUCAUUUGUUUUUGUUUUUGUUUUUUUCCUUAAAAUCGAUCCAACAGGAAUCCCCACCGUUUCUUUGAUCAGAAUAAGAUUUUCUGGACUUGUGAUUUACAUCAAACUUUUUUUUUUUUUUUAAAUCGAAAUCUCAUUGACUGGUCAGUCAGUCAGUAUCUGCUUAUUGCAACUUGAGAGACAAGGCAAUGCAAUUCUCAAUCUGACACCACAGACCCAGGGGGAACUUCCAAGACACUUGUCGGGAACUUGGAACAAAGCUCCUCUUUCCCUUUCUCUCUCGCUUUUCAAACGGAGUGGAUUUUGUCAGUUUUAUAUGGUAAGUAUAUCACACCAUUCUGUUAGAUCAAAGCAUGCACAGUUAUAAUGCUUAUAGUUUCAUUUUUUAUUUAUUUUUUAAGACUAAGGGGGCUGUGGUGUGUAUAGAUUUUAAAGAACGUGGUUACCUGUUAGUACUCCAGCUGCUGUGAGCUGCCUCUCUCAUGAUGCUCAGUCAUCAUCACGACUGGCUAAGCCUUCUGUGAGUUGCUGUCCACAGCAGCUGGUGUGUCAGAAGAUUAAGCCAUGACUGGCCGUCGGAGUUGGCACUAUAGUCGCCCUGCCUGAUUAUACUCUGGUCUAAUUGAGGUCAAAACACACAUGGAUCUGAGCUAAUGAGAAGUGCUUGUUGAAAAAUGUUUUCAUCACUUGUAUCCUCCGCAGAAUGACAAUGUGCAGGAAAGCUGUGCUCGCCUGGCUGCUGGUCUAUGGCAUAAUGAGAUGCAGUGUCCACUCCUCACCUGCUGCCCUCAAGUACCCAGCCAUCAGGUAAGUACAAGGAUACCUGGCUGUUAGAAUCACCCAACACCUGUGUUUAAGCAGGGCAGGUAAACCAUACCUCUGGGUAUGGCUGGUUCUCAGACUAAAAACCUAAAUAAACACAACGAUGUUUUUUUUUUGUUUUGUUUUCCCAAAAGGAUUCUGAAAAAGUAGAUCCCCAUCAGGUUUUGCAGUACCCCAAUUCCCAUCAUGUUCUACCAGGGGCUUUAGCAUCAUGGGAGUUGUGGUAAUAAAAUAGCUGGGGAUCUACCUUGUGAGCUCCUAAAAUACAAAGAGUGCCUGAGCUUUUGCAGCCCAGAAUGUCUGUAGAGGUCUCCCCUGGGGGUACAUCGCUGGUGUGAUUUUCUUUACAAUUAAACCAGUAUGAGGGGAGGGGGCAGGUAAUGUCUGCAUAGUAUGAGAUAGUAUAAGACUGCAGGUGCUAGUACCUUGAAUGAGCACCUGUAAGCAAUCCCAGCAAAAUAUUCACAGACCAAUAAGACAUACAGGGAAUUCCAAAAAAUGUUGACACAGCCCUAAUAUAAACUCUUAUUAUAAUUAGUCGACUUCUUUCUUUUUAAAAAUGAACCAUGGCGUGCAAUUUUCUUUUUACAUAUUAGCUCGCCUCAACAUAUUUUUUUUUUUCUAAAUAAGAUCAAAGCCAAAUACAGCCUCAGGCUACCUGUCCUGACACAAUAAAAAAACCCACAAUUGCCUAUCUACAGACUAUGUCAUUAUCAAGGCUGUAAUAUUGAUUUUAUGUUCGGUGAUCACUCCAGUGAUAGAUGCUUAUAUUCCGAAUGUCUCUGUAUUAUCUGAUGUCAAUUUAUUGCAGACAAGUAACCAGUGACAAAUUGGGAAUUUAAGGCUCAUUUUCGAAAAUGGAUUCAAAUACAUUGAUCCGGUUAAAGACAGGGGAUGCAGAAUGCAGAACAAGCAAUGCUGCAAAUGAUGCUGUUGACUAAAAUUGAACCUGCAUCUAGGCAACUCAGUUAGGAGAUCAUUAGAUUAGAUCAUUAGCAGAAACACACAGGGAAAAGACUACAGAGGAAAAAACUUAUAUGUAGCCAUAUACUUAGUUUAGAAUCUCCAAAUAUCUAUUCUUUGUACAAUAGUUAAUUAUAUUACUAAUCGGAUAAUGCAUUCAUUAAUUCUGCUGGGGAUAAAUUAAAUAUGGCGUUUUAAAAUGCAGAAUUGUUAUUUUUUUGGCAUGUCUGGCUGCUACUUUUGGUCCAAUUUCCCAUCUGAUCUGUUUUUUUUUUUAGUUUAUGAAUAAUGCAUCUGCUGUGAGUUUCAAUCGCUCAUGGUUUCUUUUAACACAGCAUUAUAUCUGUAGUAUUUUUAUAGUCUCCUGUAAAAUAAGGACAUUCACAUAAUUAUAUUAAAUAUAAAAAUAAUUUGAUAAAUUAGUCUGAUCUGUUUAGGGAUGCAUGAUUGAAGUGAGUAAGUUCUAUAUAAUAUUGCAAAAUAAAAUAAAAUACAUUAUUUAAAAAAAAAAAAAAUCGAUUUAAUCAGUUAAAUUUCCUAUGCUAAACUGCGUAUAAUGUCAGACUGGCCCUGUUUGGGUGCAUUGCCGGUAUACCCACUUGUCACAGAUAUUCUGUACAGUACCCAAUAUCAUUGGCCUGCGUUAUGGAGAGUCUGACACAGCUAAACUAUGAUCCACAUUUAGCAAAAGUAAAACACUUUCGAAACAUUUAUUAUUAAUAGAGCUGCUAGAGCGAACUGACGAAAAUAGCUUACGGUGACCUACAUCCCGGCAGAUACAAAGUAUAUAGAAAAAAAGAAACUUAAGGAGGUACUUGGAAUUGUAAGACAACGAAAAUGGGAUCAAUCAGUGCCAGGAUUCAUUGAAUGUCUGCCCAACUAGCCCUCCUCCCACAUUGGCAAUCUGAGGAAUGCUAAGUGCUUUCUGUGCUUUAGUAAGAGCUAUGUCUGAUUUAAUGUUUGGACAAUGCUUGUGUGUUUCAUUAUUGUCUGUCUGUCUGUCGGUCUGUCUAUCUCAUUAAAUUUACACAUACACUGGCAUGUACACACAAACUGGCAAUAUCACACAUAGUUUGGUAUACAGACACUGGCAUACACUCACAUUUACACUGGCAUACACAUGAACACUGACAUAUACACACACAUAACAUGGCAUAUACACAUACAUACACACACUCAUUGGCAGUCACCCACGCAUACACUUGCUCAUACACACUGCAUAAACACACACUGAAAAACGCAUGCUCUAGCAUGCACACAUUAACAUGUACACAUAUACACUGACACACACACACACACACACACACACACACACACACACUCAAACCAGCUCAUUUUCUCUCCCCUCAGUUCUUGUACUAAUGAUUGUAGGAUUUGGCAGCUCAUUCUGGCCCAUCCCCAACCUCAGGUCAGCUCACAGAUGGGAUGCUCUUGUUAUUUCUCUCACGCCCACCUACAGAUUGAUGGGGUCUCUGGGGGUCUUUCUCCAUCAGCGUCUGGCAUCUCAUCAACAAUAUUCAGGAUAAAAAAAAAAAAAACCCACCAGUAAUGUACACACAUGAACUGAACCUCUUCCAGGGAUUACAUUGCUCUGAAAGGCACUGAUCAAGUCAUUAGGCAUUUUCUGAUUAAUUAAGAGGCUGACAAUUCAUUCCUUGUUUUCUUUCUGUUUGCUUGUUAGGCUUGAAGAUGAUGUCUAUGAUGAUGAUGCGAACACACUUCCAGAUUUUUCGUUCGAUAACGAUCCGAUUAGUAUCAGGAGUUCAGGAUCGGUGUUAGACGAUAUGUACUCUUUUUAUUAUCCUGCGGAAAAGAGGUGAAUUCAGAAUUAUUCAUUUUAAUAUUUUUAUUUUGUGCAGCCUCUCUCUAAUGCAAUUAAACUGAACUAAAUCGACUUGUUCCAUAGUCACAAAUAAAAUCUGUAAACACGCUACCAUAAGAACAUUGUUUCUGUUUCAUGUCAUGGAAUACUGCAAGAGUUAAACUGCAUCCAAUUUGUUGAACAGAAGAUGCACAUUUUAAGGGGGGAUGGAAAUUUAUGGAAAUUUUAAUGUAAUUCAGCGCUAAUCAGGUGGCAUCUUGCAAUUAGGCAGCAUUUCUUGGAAUUAAAGAAAUAUAUAUGUUUCACUGUGACAGAACAUUGUGACACUGUGAUUGUAGAUGUAGGAGGAAGGGAUGUAUAUCUAGAAUAAAACACAUGAACCAGAGUAAAACAUGACCCCAUGAUAAAUCACUGUGGAGAUAAUCAGGAAACAGCUAUGGACAGAUGUACCCUUCCUUACACACAGACAGAGACAGACACAGACACACAGACACACAAACACACACACACUCUCUUUCUAGCUCUCUCUGUAUUGAGAUAUGUUCGUUUGGUGAAGUAGAAAAAAAAACGUUAAUGUCACUAUUCUAGAAAUCAUAUAUUUUUUUUUCUUUUAAUUUACUUUUUUUUUUUUCUUUGCUGUUGUCAGACAUGCUGAUGAUCUAUUAAGCAAAGCCUAUAGGAAUGUGCUGGGACAAUUGUCUGCGAGAAAAUACCUGCAUACCCUGAUGGCCAAACGCUUAGGGUAAGCUUAAACUGUUAAAUCCAAGUAAAUAUUUGACAAAAAAAUAAAAUAAUAAUCCUGCAGUAUAGGUGGUGUUUAACCCUUCGCUGGCCAGAUGAGUUUAUAUGCAGAACGUUUAAGAUUAAAAAAGAUAUUGAUUUUUUUUAUACUAAAUUAUCCUAUAGGGAAGUCAUAUAUAUAUAUAUAUAUAUAUAUAUAUAUAUAUAUAUAUAUAUAUAUAUAUAUAUAUAUAUAUAUAUAUAUAUAUAUAUAUAUAUAUAUAUAUUUCAUCACCACACCCAAUUAGCUGCACAGCAAUUUCUUCCCACCUCCAGUCUUCUGUUAAAUAGGCUGAACUACAAUAGAUCAUUUUUUUAUUGUUGAGAAUUGUAAUGUAUCCCAUUAUAAUUGAUCCCCAUUGCGCUAUGACACAUCCUGCAGCCUCCUAGUGUGUACCUCUUGCAGUGUACAUUUCAGGGUAGGGUAAUAUUUUAAUAUAGCCCAUGAGACAGCCCUGCAUUUUCAUAAUGAUUUAUUCAUGUGAUGAAUAUAUUGUUUCUGGUCUGUCGAGUUCAAUUACCAAGCUACCACGUCACAACAUAUGAAUCCCUUUUAGCUUUUAAAACCUAGGAUUUCAACUUGUAAUAGAUUACUUGAUAGCACACACACACACACACACACACACACACACACAUAUAUAUAUAUAUAUAUAUAUAUAUAUAUAUAUAUAUAUAUAUAUAUAUAUAUAUAGCGACCCUGCAUCUUAAAUACUUGCUUGGUUGAAGGAAAUAAAGCUUUAAUAUCUGUUUCAGUGUAGGUAUAUGGUGAAAUAUUAAGCAUUUAUUAUCUGAAAUGGUUUCCAUUAAAGUCUGAGUAUCGAUCUGUAUAUAUUGGCUUUUCCAAGAUUCUAUUUUAAGUUGUAAAUUGGCAAAGCACACAUAACAGCCUAUUUGUGUAUAUAGUACAUUGUAUUAGAUACACUAUGGCUGUGGUUAGGUUGGGAAUCUUUAACAAGUCAAUGCACUUGUGCUAACAAUGUUGUGAUUAGCAAGGGUUUUAUUAAAUAUGCCCCAGGACAUUUUUUUAUGGUUUGUACAUUAAGAGGAGAUAGGUUCUGAUGAAGAUGGUACCCUGUACCACCUUAGUCUGUAUUGUAGAAAUGUAAUAAUGAUUGGUUUCUUUAAUAUGCUAGACCCUACACCUGGUCUAGCCCCAAUCAGUGCAAUGAUAGCCAGCUACAUGUCUGGCAGUGAGAACACAACCCUUUUCAUGCUAUUAGACAGAGACCCCAGAUGCAAUUAUGGUAGCAAAGACAGGAGUCAGGGCAGCCCUGUAGUGAUUGGUAGUGAGACAGAGGCCUUUGGGACUUGUCUUACAGGAGGAUGAAGGCAUAGCCUUUGCCUAAUGGAGCCUGGGCAGCACUGUAGCAGAUGUUUGUAGUCUUUGUUCAAGAUUUACACAGCAAUAAUUGGGCCUGACAUUAAGAUAUUUUCUCCCUCUUUCAGAAAAUGAUAAGACAUCAUUCUGGUGAAAGGAAAAAAAAAAGCAUUUGCUGAUUUUUGACACACUCCUGUAUAGCACGGUGUAUGCUUAAAUAUUCACAAGCUGGAGGUGGUAAAAAUAGAACCUCUACUGCAAUAAUUUAUGGCCUUUGUGUUACAAGGCAUUUUGAUUGUCAUUCCAUCUGUUUGGGACUAGUGUAAAUCAGUUAGUGUUGGAAUAAAUCAGAUCAUAAACAUAAAAUAUGGAGAGAAUUAUAAAAAUGAUCUCUUAUCUACAGAUUUAUGUAAAUGCAGUGUUUAAUUGUGAGAUAGAAUGUGAUAAAGAAACACAAUAGGGGAGGGCUUUGCAUCAUUAAAAAUAUCUAGUUUAUAAGUCAUAUUUCUGAGUCAGGGUCUGAAAGGACAGUUCUAGGGAGCUUGCUUUGUAAUGUGUGUGAGAACACUAUAGGGAAUUUCCUAAAUAGGGGUAGGAGCUAAUGUGUUCUUGUGGUAAGGAAAAUGUAUGUAUUAGUUGAAUCAGCAGAGGUGCUUUCUUAAAGGAUUUAGAUUAAAGUGAAGAAAACGAGACUGUGAUUGCCUUGCGUGUAAGCAUUAUACCUUCCUUAUAGCAUUAACAUUGGUUUCAGAAUUCUGCAGGUAACCUUUUAAUGUGCAAUAAAUGUUCAGUGUCAGAUACAAAGUUUAUUACAAUACUGGCAGAUCUGGUGAUUCUGGGUCUGAACUAGAUCCAAAUAAAAAAAAACAGCUUGGGAGAUGGGGAAUGAUACAAGUGGAUACAAUCUUAGUGUAGACAUAACCAGUUGUGUCCAGAAAGGUAUUGAAAUUACUGCUUCAUGCCAGUGAGGGCAAUACUAAGGAGGACAAUUUCUAUCAUUUUCCUUCUCAAGUCCAUGGUAGGAUGAAGAUAACUUGCUGAUAGGAACAAUGAUACCAGAUAUUUGGUUAUCCAGACAUGCCUUAACAGUCUCAGGGAUGAUCUAAAGGUAGAACCCUCAGAUGAUGUAGAACUGUGAUGCUUUGCCAGCCUAUGAUGCAGUGCCAUCCUUUACAGUGGCAAAGUAUCAUGGGAGUUGUAGUUCUGCAAGUUCUGGGCAAUCUACCCUUCGGCCACCCUUGCUUGGCAUAAUUGAUGUAGUAGACAGAGAGUCCCCAGUUUUUUGCAACUCUUCCUUUUUUGCCAUUGCAGUGCAGUGAGUAGCAGCCUGGAGGAUGACUCAGAACCCUUAUCCAAACGACACUCAGACGGUAUCUUCACUGACAGCUACAGUCGCUACAGAAAACAAAUGGCUGUCAAGAAAUAUUUGGCUGCAGUCCUUGGGAAAAGGUAUAAACAGAGAAUUAAAAAUAAGGGACGCCGGGUAGCGUACUUGUAGCGAUGAGAAGGCAGCCUCUCCCCUGUAUACAGCCCCAACAAACCAAGUCACACCAAACUGACUGAACAAUCAUCGCUCCUGUGUUAUUUACAAACAUGUAUUUAUGUAUGAAGUAAAGCCAUUAAAUGAAUAUUUUGAUAAUAAUAUCGUUUUUCUUUUGUACAAAAAAGCACUAGAGAACGUACAGAUCUACUUUGUGGAAUACAUAUAUAUAUAAAUUCAUAGAAAGUGUGCAGAGAAAAAAUAGAAUUCGCACGAGCUGUUUAUGUUUUUAUAUAUAAAGAAACAAAAAUAUAUAGACAAAAAAAGACAAUCAUUGUUUUGGAUAUUUUACUCCUAUUUUUGUAACAGAAAUUAAAAGGAUAGUAUUUUUAUCCACGACAGGAUUGAAGACAAUAGUUCUGAGCAGACAUUGAUGUACUUGACGUAGACAUUGAUGCCCUGAUCCAAGGGGAUUAAAUAAAAUUUAUAAUUUGAGGAAGCAGUGAAUCCCUGAGUAGGGCUUAUUUAAGGCAAACGUACAUAUGAUUUUAGAGGUCUG